AUGAGACAAAGUUAUCUCCACCGUCAUCAGCCGCACCGAAACGAGAGGCACGAAUACCAGUGCCACCCGCAAGCGCCGAAAAGGAAGAGAUGGGUAUCUGACGCCGCUGCCGUUGUGGUAUCCCGACCCCGUGAACAAGCUUCGCCUACCCCUCGGCCUCUGCCCGCGUUUGAGGCGUGUCCGCCUGAGGCAUGCCCGCUCUCCAUGCGCGCCAACUGGGCGCUCGUCGAAGCGCACGCCCUGUUCGCGUACCGCCACUUCAAAUUGAACCCUGCGCCCUCGACGACAUACACCUGUCCCCCCAUGUGCGGUUCGAAGACUCGUCUGGCAAUGCAUCGCGCCGCGGAGGUGCUAGGGUGCCGCUCCGUGUCGAACGGCAAGGGAAGGGAGCGGCAAGUCGUGCUGACGUGGACGAAGGACGGCGUCUUUCCUAUCGGUGAGCUCUCUGUUAUUCUGGCCGUGCGCGUCGUGCUUGUGGGCCUGUUCAUCGACUGCGCAAAGGGGAGGAAAGGCAAUGCCACGGUUAAGAAAGCCAGGAGAGAGGCUCGUAAAGCGAGAAGGAAAGAGGAGAGGCUAGAGGCAGCAACGAGGGUGGCGGACAAGGGCACGGAUGUGGUGGUAGAUGAGGCGGUAGAAAAGUAUUGGCAAGAAAUGUUGCAGCCGAAUCUGAUGUGUUAUGAUGGGGCGAAGGCACCGGGGCAAAGGAAGAAGGAGAAGAAGGCGAAGAAGAAGGCGAAGAAGAAGGCGAAUAAGAAGGCGAAGAGGAAAGCGAAGAGGCAGACGAUGGCAGGGAAAAUGAUCGAGGUGCCCGAGCAAAAUGAUCCUGUGCGGAAUGGAGUUCCCCUUCCUUCGGAGUAUGGGCCUGGGUACCCAGACGCACAUCCGUUUUUCGAGCGGUGGGAUCCGGGCACGUAUCAGCUGGUAGACGGAUAUGCUACGCACGCGGCUUUACGCGGCGGCGAGCAACGCAGACGGAAGGCGAGCCAAGCGGGACCAAGUGCUCGGCCCUUGGCAAGUUCGAAUCGAGGAUUCGCGAUGCUGGAGAAGAUGGGGUGGAAACAAGGAGAGGGGCUAGGCACGAACAAAGAGGGUAUGACGGAACCUCUCGAACCCCAACAACGCUCCAAACGCACGGGCUUGGGGGUUGGUCGAUAG